AUGGGUGGUAAGAAGUCACAAGGAAGAGAGUGGGUAACUGGAAUUGGUGGGCUACUUUGGAAGAGGAAGAAGCGAGUACUGCUCAUAACUAGAAGAGCAGAACAGUAUGAGUAUGUUGGAAUAAUAAGGAGUAUGAAACUUGUUUUGAGUGCAGGAGUUCCUUAUGUUUUGAAGAUAGUGAAGUUGAAACGAAAGUUUAUAUACACAUCCAUUGAGACGAUUGGAGUUAUAUCGCCAAGUGGUGAAAAUCAUGAGGAUACAAAAUUCUUGGACAAGGGAAUAUCUUCCCUUGGAAAGGUUUAG